UCCAAUGGCAAAAACCAAACAUGUUAUGUAUCUCAAAUUAUCUCUCACCCUUCUCAUUUUAGCUCAUGUUCUUGCCACGACCAACGGUUUGGAUUCUCCUUCGUCCAAUACCAAGCGUCCCUGGCCCUUCAAGAAACUCAACAAACCGGUGGUUUUAAUGAUUUCAUGCGACGGUUUCCGUUUCGGUUACCAAUUCAAAACCGAUACACCAAACAUCGACCUACUCAUAUCCGAAGGAACCGAAGCCAAAUCCGGUUUAAUCCCGGUUUUCCCCACCAUGACAUUCCCAAACCACUACUCCAUCGCGACCGGACUCUACCCGGCUUACCACGGUAUAAUCAUGAACUCCUUUACCGAUCCAGUAACCGGAGAUAAGUUCAACAAAGGCCUAGAUCCAAAAUGGUGGUUAGGUGAACCGUUGUGGGUAACCGCAGCAAACCAAGGUCGCAAGGCUGUCACUUACUUCUGGCCAGGAUCUGAAGUCCCCAAAGAUUCUUGGACUUGUCCUAAAGAGUUGUGUCCUCAUUACAACUCUUCGGUUUCUUUUGAAGAA